UGAAGCUCUGUAGAAUCUCAUAGCUCCAUUAGAGCAAUCCACCCCCACCAUGAAUACUCGAAGCAUCUCGAGCUUCGUCGCUCAAUUGGAGAAGCUCUCCGUAACUUCCUCGCCUCUGCGACCAAUCCUCUCCUCCCUCUCCUCCUCCAAACCAUUUCAAUUGAAAAAUGUCACUCCCAUAUCCCGUCGACCAUUCUCCAUUACGGCAAGCCGAGCAGGCAAUUGGCUCCUCCCUACCGCACCAGAGAAGAAGAGAUCGCGAAAGGGAAGGCCUCGUGUGCCAACGGGGGGUUCUGCGAGAGGAACAACAAUGGUAUGGGGGGACUACGGACUGAGAAUGUGCGACCAUCAUCGAAGAGUUAGUGCUACGCAGCUGAAGAUUGGGGAGGAUGCUAUCAAAGUCCGUCUCAAGGGAAUGAAAUAUCGUCUUUAUAAGAGAGUUUGCGCCAGCAUUGGUGUAUACAGCAGUGGUAACGAGGUAUGCUCAUUGGAAUAACUCGAAGCCCGGCCUAGAAUGUGGAACUAAUUCCAAGACAGGUGCGUAUGGGUAAAGGAAAAGGUUCUUUUGAUCAUUGGGCAUCCAGAGUUGCUGUCAGCAAGGUCAUUUUUGAAUUGAAGGGAGAUAUCCACGAGCAAGUGGCAAGGGACGCAUUUCGAUUGGCUGGUAACAAGAUGCCAGGUCAGUUGACCAACUCGACUUCUAUAUCUGUUUUACUAAUUACUUUCAGGCCAAUAUGAAUUUGUAAAGAAGGGAGACCCUCCGGUUGUGGGAAUAACAAAGUUGGAUGGAAUCACUUUGGAAGAAUUAAAACGACCGAGGCGGAAGGUUCCCCUACCUAUGCCAAUCAUACCUGGAGCAGAUGCCUCACCGACCAUCUCUCCAGGUGCUUAGGUUCCAUUUGUAAUAUACCCCUUUUCUGUGAGAAGAGACA